CGCCGCCCCCGCCGCGCCCGGCUCCCGCUGACCGGCUCCCGCUGGGGUUUUCCCCUCUCGGCACCCCCGAGCUUCCUCACGGCUCCCCGGGCCGCUACGUCUUUUUCCCGCAGAGCCAUGGAGGCCCCCGAGGGGCUGUCAGCUAGAAAGGGAUCCUGUUUGGUGCCUCAGGCUGUUCCCAGCGAGUCCCAGCCACCGUCGGCAAAUGCAGUGCAGAUCACAGUGGUGAAGGCACAGGACCUGAAAAGCAUCAGAAGCGACACCCCUUUUACUUUGGUGCGUGUGGAGUACGACGGAGUGAUCUUGGGAGACUCCUCCACCAUUCAGGUCUUGCCAAACGGGACAGCAAACUACAAUUUCACGACCAGCUUUGAAUACCGCCCCGAUGGGCCCAACUCCUUGGUCGACGUUGCGCAGAAACCUGUGCUCUUGACAGUGAUAGAAGCGUUGCAAAAGCAGAAGAAACAGAAGGAGGAGAAGGUCAUGCCUCUUGGCCAGGCUGUGGUGGACCUUCUGCCUCUGCUGCAAGGACAGUGUUCGUUUACGGUCUUGGCUCCUUUGUAUGCCGUGCCUACCUCUCCAUCAGAAAGCCUUCACCCGGAGGCCAAGUGCGGCCUUGAAGUGACUGUGCGCACCGAGAAGCCCCUGCUUUCUGCAAGUCAGCUUUCAAAUGGUAACUUGUUGAGCGUCACGCUGGAGGCAGCUUACUCUGUCCCUGACGCCUUCGUUCCCACUGGACCCCCGCAAAACUACGUGGCUUGCCUGCAAGUACCAGCAGCCGGGGAGAAGGAAGUCCCUUUGCUGUUCAAGAAUGGCAUCCUGAAGCCUGGUGGUGAAAAAGAAUCGUUACCCCGGCCCAAAAAAUGGUCCCUUGCUAACAUCAUGGCCCCUGGUGCUCUGAACAUACCCAACUCCUUCAUCUUUGGUGGUCCCUAUGAGGAUGAGGAUGGAGAGCUCAACAAAACAGAGGACAGGGAGUUUAGGAUCCAGGCAGAAAGCAUGAAGAGAAUUGUAUGGGACACGGAAAGACGCUGUUACCUGGAUCCUGCUGCAGUGCUUGUUCUGCAGAAGCGCAUUGCAGAGUGCCGGUACUGGCCCGUGGAGGUCUGCAGGAUGCCUGUGGUCUCAUCCAGCAAAGGCAAAAGUAGCAAAGCUGACAAGGGAGAUGAGGACAGGCAGAUUUUCUUCCAUGGCGUGGCAUAUGUCAACAUGGUGCCUUUGCUGUGCCCUGGCGUGAAGCGGAUUCGAGGCGCUUUUCGUGUCUUUGCCUACCAGGAUGGCGAGGUGCUCGAGAAGACUAAAAAACAGCAGAGCAUUUUGCGGGAUCUCAGGCCACAGGUCAGUCCGACUAAAGAAAGACCAUGCACCCCAGGAAUCAGCUCUCCUCUUUCCAGAGCUGUUUCCAGUAAGGCCCAGAGAGAAGAAAAGGAGAAGAGCACCAGAGAAAAGGAAUUCAACAGAAGGAUGUCCUAUGCACCAAAAACCCAGUUGUCAGAUGCUGCUCUAGAAGGUGAAAAUACCGAAAAAUCUCUCAGCCUUGAUGGACAGCAAUAUGCUGAAGCAGGAACGUUCCUGGUGAUGGAGAUAAAGCUGGACAAGGCCUUGGUACCAAAACGAUUGCGAGAGGAGCUCACCAAAAGGGUCAAGGAGAUGAUUCCCCCUCGCCCUCUGCUGCCUCCCCGGACUGAAGGAGCCAAGAAGGCUGUGGAAGAUUAUCACAACCAUGUCACAAGCAUUGCUGUUGCCAUCCUAAGUGAAUACCACGACCUAUUUGGGAAGCAGCUGCCUGACCAAGGAGCGACAGACCAUCAAACUCUGGAGGAACAGAAGCGUGUACUCAACUUUGAGCUCAAUAGCUCUGGGAAAUAUUUUGCUUUCAAGGAACAGCUAAAGUAUGCUGUAGUGAAAAUUGUGAGGGAGAAAUACCUGAAGACCACGGCGUUUGAGACCCAGGAGCAGUUCCAGGCGUUUCUCAGUGAGCUGUACGUGUACCUGGUGGAUCAGAUGCACGUUGCCCUGAACCAGCUGCUGCACGAGGAAGCUGCCUCUCCUGUCCCUCUAACCCGCGUGACGGCUGAGCAGCUCUGGCUCUUUGCUCACGAAGCUGAAGUCAACAAGGACUACAAGCUGGCAGCUCUCUACCACCAGCAGAGGAUAGCUCAGGACAAGCACAACACCCAGUACUGGCUGGACUACGGGGCGUUCUGCCUCCUGCUCGAGGACACCACCAAAGCCCAGGAGUGCUUCCGGGAGGCUCUUUCUCUGGAUCCACACCACGUGCGCAGCUUGCUGCUCUGUGGGAUCGCGGCAGUCGUGCUGCAGCACUACGAAGAGGCAGAGAUUUUCUUUGAGGAUGCGUGCUGCUUGGAGCCAUCCGACGUCGUAGCCUGGACGCUUUCAGGUCUGUUCUAUGAGCUGCAGAAUAACAAUAUUCAGGCAGAAAUGGCCUUCCGCGAGGCUAAGAAGCAACUCCAAGCACAGCUCGCCAAGGAGAGAAGCAUCUCUGAGGGAAAAGGAGGGAAAAAGCAAAUUGCUGCCGCGUAUGUGAGGUCUACCAGUCCAGGCCCAGAACAGCUUUUGCCAGAGGGGCCUCCAGACGGCUCAGCCAGCAGGCUGCCAGAGGCGGCGGAGGAGCCUGCCCUGGCCUGCCCAGCUCCUGAGGAAGAGGCUCUGGCAUCGGAGGCAGCCCCAGAAGGUCAGGGAGUGGGGUCUGGGCUGGGGAAUCUUCAGCAAAGGGGGUUCAUCCUGAUUUUUUUUCGGAGAGCAUAUCUCAGGAUGGACAACCGGAAUGAAAAGCCCGGUUUGGGACUGAUGAAGGCCCAUUUUCUUGCAGGGCCGCCCCCCAUUUCAGGACUUAGCCAGCCUUCCUGCACUAUCUUCAUGAAGGCAGUGGAAUUCCUGAUGAAAUUCAAUGCCAUCCAGUUUGUUCACGUGGCGCUUGCCCAUGAGCUGCUGGGAGGCCCCUCUUGCGCGUACUACCUGGCGCUGGCCCGGACUUACUUGCUGAAGGAAGACUUCUCCAAAUGUGAAGAAUGUCUCUGCGAGGCCGUUAGGAUCGACUUCAUGAAUCCAGAUGUCUGGGCUCUGAAAGGGCACCUGUGCUACCUGAAGAGAGACUUUGCAGGGGCGAAGGAGUGCUACGAGCGAACCAUCAGUUUUGUGGUGGAUGCUGCAGAUAUGCACUUUGUCUACCUGCGCCUGGGCUCCGUCUACCUGGAAGAGAAAGAGUACGGCAAGGCGAAGCAGACCUACCUGCAGGCCUGCAAGAACUCUGCAUCCUGUCUCACCUGGCUGGGAGUGGGAAUCGCCUGCUACAGACUGGAGGAGAUGGGGGAAGCAGAGGACGCUCUCUCUGAAGCCAAUGCCCUGAACAACAGCAAUGCCGAGGCGUGGGCAUAUCUGGCCCUCAUCUGCCUGCACGGAGGGCGGCAGCUGGAGGCAGAGCAGUGCUACAAGUACGCCGUCAAGCUCGGCCUGCGGCCCGCCGCCCUGCUGCAGGAGCUCCGCGCCGCCCAGCAGCGCUUCGGCUUCGGCAACCCGGCCUUCUGA